UAAAACAUGCUGAGUAAAUUCAAAUUUAUUUUUUUAUUAUUUGUAGGAAUAUUUGUAAGAUAUGUGUUAUUACAAUACUCAUAUCUAUUAAAUUAUUUUGAUUUUAUAAAUUUAAGGAAUCCUUACAAUUCAUGGAGGAAUUUUAAAGAAGGUAUAAUUUUACAUGAAUAUGGAAUAGAUCCCUAUGAUGGUGAUAUGUUUCAUGAAAAUCCAAUUGAUCUAAAAUUAUUUUCUUUAUUAAAUCGUUGGAUUCCUAAUGGCAUUCCAUACAUUUUCAUAGUUAUUCAAAUUAUAACCAGCCUAAUAAUAUAUCAAAAUGGAAAAUUAAUGAUCAAUUUCCAAAAAAAUUUUAAUCUUAAAUGGGUUUAUACCUCAAAUAUUCCACUCAAUUUAAUGAUUUUAUAUUUAUACAACCCAGUUAAUAUACUUGAUUGUGCAUUAUUAAAUUCAUCAGUAUUUCAGCAUCUUAUUGUAUGUACCAUAUUAAAUUUUUGUUUAAAAGGUAAUCUGCUUGUAUCAUCCAUUGUUUUAUCUGUUUUAUUUUUACAUUCAUAUAAUGCAAUGAUUUUGGUUAUUCCUUCCUCAUUAAUUUUAUAUUAUCAUAGCUGCCAUGAUAAUCCUUUUAAAAAAUGGAUAGAUCUUGCUCAUUCCCCAAGUGCAAUUAGUAAUGAUGAUGAUAAUGAUAAAAAUGUAAACAAAUAUAGUAAUAUUAUGAACAUUAUUAUUGUUUUUACUACCCUUACAUUCUUAUUUUUUGCUUGUCUGCUUUUAUUAUGUUUCUAUUUAUCUCCUCACCCAUCUUGGAAAUUUCUGGACAAUUGUUUUAUUCAAAAAUUUUUUAUUACUGAUUAUACACCAAAUUUGGGAAUUUCUUGGUAUACAUUUGCUGAAUCCUUUCCACAUUUUCAAACAUUUUUUCUUUGGAUGUUCAGAAUUCCUUGUUUUAUAUAUUUCAUACCACUUUCUAUCAAAUAUGGCUCAAUUGAUCCUAUAUUCCUAUUCUAUAUGUUCUUAAUUUUAAUAGUCAUAUUUGAACCAUAUCCAGCUUUGGGUGAUAUGUUUUUUCUGCUAUCCUUUUUCCCAUUAUGGUACAAGCAAUUAUUUCCAUUUAUGAGGCAACCUUUGCUCUAUGGGUGCAUGUUCUUAGCCUCUAUCACAAUAUCCCCAAUAAUUUGGUAUUUAUGGAUAUAUGCAGAUACAGCUAAUGCGAAUUUUUACUACGGCAUGUCCAUACUGUACACGUUAUCACAAAUUUUAUUUCUUUCCGACCUAAUAUACGCUUACAAUUUACGGAGAUUUGUAUUAGUUCUGCAAAUUGACGACUUAGACGCUAUAAAUAAAGGUGAGAAGCCGAUUCAAUUGCCUAAAAAAGAUGACAUUCAAUUUAAAUUUCCAUUUUUCUAAUUAUAUAACGAGAUUAAUAUAUAUAUGUAAUAUCACAAUUAAUAUAUCAUGUUGAUUUGUUAUAUCAGAUCAAAUUACUCGAACAAAUUCUUAUGGAAAUUAAA